ACGGAGAGGCUUAUCCGAACAAGCAAAGCAAUGAAACGCGCAGCGAGAGCCAUCCUGUUGCUAUAAAAUAUGCACCCCACGGCCAAAGAUCGAUCCAUCCAGCCACACUUCACGGCAUCCAUUCCAGAGCAACAGCAGGUUCAGUUUCAGUUUCCAUCUGAUUCGAGUGGUUUUUCGAUCGGUUGCCGAUGGCGGACAUAGCGAUGCUGGUGGCCGACGAGGCGUUCGAGAAGAGGCUGCAGCGAGGGGCGCCCUUCGCCGGCGCCGGCGAGGAGGCGUCCAAAGGACGGGAGAACUUCGGGGCCGUGACCAAGGUGUGGGGCUCCUGGGCGUCGGGGGCCAAGGUGCGCGUCGCGCUGCUCGUCAAGGCCGACCUGGUGGCCGAGCCCAAGACCCCGGUCGCCAUGGCAGCCUUCGACGGCUUCUUCUCUGCUUAAUUAGCCAUCUUUUUCUUUCUGAAAUGGAGUUAAUUUGGAGGAGGUUUACCUGCAUCUCCACUCCUCCCCUGAGUCAAUUUCAGUAUUGACUUGUCACUUGUACAUAACCAUGAUGGAGUUUACUGAUUCGCAAAUAUUUGUACUGCACUUA